CGGUAUAUAUAGAGGAGCCAAGCAUCCUAGAUUUCCUGGCUGACACCAUGAGAGGACCAGGGUUAUACGUCUGCUGCCUUGCCGUCCUUCUCCUCUUUGUGGGAGCAGAACUUCAAGUCACCCCUCCUGAUGCCACUGAUGAUGUUGGAGGCUUUGCCGACGGCCAACCGGACGCAGUGGACCCCAGCUUGGAUGACAAGUCUCUUUAUGCUGAGCAAAGGCUUGUAGAAAAGAAUCUGCUGCUCUCAUACACAGAAGGUCUUGAGCCAGAGACGCGUGAGGAUUGUGGGGCUGUGGGAGAUAGGCAGGAGAAGCAGAACAUCACUCCAGGUGCAUCGCCCUGUGAAUCCGUAAAUAUUACACUGGAAGAAGGUGCCAGUGAGGAAGCAGAUAUAGGACAAAACCAAGAAAAGACCAUAUUAGAUGAAGAAUCUGAUGACACAGUCAGUAAGGAUCCCAUAGUUGGAGAUAACGAUAUUGAUGAAAAGACUGUUACAGAGGAACUUCUAUUAGAGGCUAUAGGAGAUAUUGUACAAAAGAAAGACUCUCAACCUGAAGAUGACGAAGAUAAGGCAGAUCAAGAAACCAGCUUGAGUGCUCUAAAGAACAGUAUUGAGGAAGAGGAGAAACAACCUAGCCUAGAUAUAACUGGGAAUGAAGAAGACUUGAUUGUGUCACCACAGGAGUCAAAAUCUGGAGAGGGCCAGGAAUCUGUAAAUGUGUCGCUGGACACAUUAACUGCUGGGAAGCCGAACAUUGACGGAGACCAGGAGUCUAUUAAAACGCAGACUGAGGAUAUCGACCAGGAAGAUUCCAAAGACAUCUCAGAUGAAGAAGAGAACCAAAUACUUGGAGAAAUAUUGCAUAAAAAAUCAGAGAAUGCUAAGCGAAAAGAUGAGAAGGAAGAAGAAAAGAUAGAUCACAAUGAGGACAGUGUACAGACCGAAGACCUUUCCUUUGAGAAAAAUGAAGGCUCAGAGCCAGAGGAUGAAACUGAAGUGGAAUUAUCAUUGGAAGUUGAUGAUAUAAAUGGAGGGCAUUCAUCAGAGGUUGAGAAAGGAGUAGCAGAAGAGUCAACUGUUGAGGAUGAUAAAACUGGAGGGAGGUCAGAUGAUGAUGAUGACGACGACGAUGAUGAUGAUGAUGAUGAUGAUGAAGAUGAUACAAAUGGAGAUAGGGCAUCAGAAGGAGAGGAAGACAGGGUAGAAAAAUCAGUAUCUGAUGAUGAUGAUGAUGAUGAUGAUGAUGAUGAUGAUGAUGAUGAUAUAAAUGGAGAAAGGUCAUCAGAAGAAGUGGUACAUGGGGCUGCAGAAGAACUGGAGUUAUCUACUAAAACUGAAAUAAUAUGGGAGAAGUCUUCGGAAAAGGAUAAAGAAGGAGCAGAAAACUCAGGUGUGAGUGAUGGAAACAAAGAAAACUUACCAGAAGUGACACAAGCGAAUGAAUCAGAGCCAGACGCUAAAGAUAUAAAUGGCGAGACAUCAAAAAAAAACAGAGCAGAAGAAACAAAACCAGAUGUUAAGGGAAUAUUAAACACAGAAAAUGUAUCAGAAGAGGGAUUAUUAGAAUCAAAGCCAGCCGUAAAAGAUGAUGUGGACGACUCGGAAGAGAUCACUAGGAGGGACAGGAGCCACAUAGACAACACCCUGAAGCUGUCAGAUGAGAAACCAGCAGAUGACUAUUCAGUGAUACUGCAAAGGCUCAGGAAAAUUUACCAUUCUGCUAUCAAACCUCUGGAACUGUCUUACAAAUACAGCGAGUUGAGACAGUAUGAGAUUUCAGCUUAUCACGGACGUACUCUCGCUGACUCGGCCAUAGAUGGAGAGAUCACUUCCAAGCCAAUGGUGUUGUUUUUGGGACCGUGGAGUGUUGGCAAGUCCACCAUGAUCAACUACCUCUUGGGGUUGGAUGAGACACCCCAUCAAUUGUACACAGGUGCUGAACCCACAACUUCUGAAUUUACUGUCCUCAUGCAUGGGCCAAAGCUGAAGACCAUUGAGGGCAUUGUGAUGGCUGCUGACAGUGCUCGGUCCUUCUCCCCGUUGGAGAAGUUUGGGCAGAAUUUUCUAGAGAAGCUCAUUGGCAUUGAAAUUCCCCACAAACUCCUGGAAAGAGUCUCAUUUGUGGACACCCCGGGAAUUAUUGAGAAUCGCAAGCAGCAAGAAAGAGGUUAUCCAUUUAAUGAUGUAUGCCAAUGGUUCAUUGACCGAGCUGAUCUAAUCUUUGUGGUGUUUGACCCAACCAAACUGGAUGUUGGCCUUGAGUUGGAGAUGCUCUUCCGCCAGCUGAAAGGACGUGAGUCUCAGAUCCGUAUCAUUCUGAACAAGGCAGACAGUCUGGCCACCCAAGAACUCAUGAGGGUUUAUGGAGCCCUGUUCUGGAGCUUGGCACCUCUGAUCAACGUGACUGAGCCACCAAGGGUUUAUGUCAGCUCUUUCUGGCCAGAAGACUACCAUCCAGAAACGCACAAGGAACUAUUCCUGAAAGAAGAGAUCUCCCUUCUAGAAGAUCUCACCCAAGUCAUUGAGAACAGGCUUGAAAACAAGAUUGCCUUUAUACGCCAACAUGCUAUCAGAGUCCGAAUCCAUGCAUUGUUGGUGGACCGGUAUCUUCAGACCUAUAAGGAAAAGAUGACUUUCUUCAGUGAUGGAGAACUUGUAUUCAAGGACAUCAUAGAAGACCCUGAUAAAUAUUUCAUCUUCAAGUCCAUCGUGGCUAAAACCAAUGUCAGCAAGUUUGAUCUUCCCAACCGAGAGGCCUACAAGGAUUUCUUUGGAGUAAACCCCAUUACAGGCUUCAAGCUUCUGACCCAACAAUGCUCCUACAUGGGUGGCUGUCUCUUAGAGAAGAUCGAGAAGGCCAUAACACAUGAGCUACCUGAUCUAAUUAGCAGCAUAAGUAAAAAGCCUUCAGGCCUCAACUGUGAUGUCACUGGCUGCGGAGAGGCACCAAAGAACCGCUAUAAAAAAAAUUAACUCUUCAACUAAACCCCUCUCAUAUUUAAAACAUAAAAAAAGAAAAAAAGAGUGUAUCAACACUAUAUAAAGGUCCUGCGAUCUUUUGGUGAUGGAGGCAACCUGCUUUCGAAAAACUUGCAGGCCACUCUACUUACAGUAUGUUGUCAAGGUGUGUCACCUUUCUGUCCUAGAGGUAUCAACAGAUGACUGGUCACUCUGGUGCUGCAGGAAGUUAAAAUGUGUGAGGGACCUUCUCAUGUCAUUCAUAUUAUUUUCUUAGAUAAUAUUGCAGAGCACUGUUAUUCCACCCUUACUGUACUCCUAACCUCAUUCUGUUGGGUUCCAUGUCUUCUCCAACUACAAUGUAAUUGUCCAAGUGGAGAGGGAAGAAAGGUUACCAUUUGGAGAAGUCACCCUGACAGUAAAUGUGUGGUAUGAGGUGUAAGAAGAAUUCCAGUUCACUGCAAUCUCUCUGAUGCAUCCUUGUGUAAUGCGGUGAGAGAACAACCAAUUUGUAAUUUUUGUUUUAGAUAGCUGGACUCAAUCAGGUCCACCCACAAUAGUGUCGACAGUGUCCUCCUCUCCUUUCUGUCUGUGACUGGGACAUCAGUCCGUUAUAGGAAUUAUGAGCAUACCAAGUCCUAUACCUACCUAGUAGGACUACGCAGAACGGGCAUAACCUAAAUACACAACACUGUCCCAAAAUAGACAACCGCUUUGAUUCACCAGGCACACCGGGCAUACCCUUUAGCUAGCGGGACUACUCAGAGCCAGCAUAACCUAGCCAUGCAGCAUUGUCUAACAAGAUGAUAACUGCUUUGACGGGAAAGCUCUGCAACACGUGCUGUGGAAUUCUGGGAGCACCUUUUAGAAUUCAGUUACGUGUAAAAAAAAAAUCCCUUUAAAAUUCCAAGUUUUUGUUUUAAUGCAAAUGAUCCUAAACUCAUCUUAGCACCGCGAUACCAGCAGAACAGGUGGAGGGAUCGUACUAAAACUGGCUAACACAAGUCUUCCUAAACAUUAUUAUACGAUGGGCAACAACCCAAUGUCUAAAGUGGAGACACAAUUAAUAUGAAUGCUACUACUGGCUAAUAAAGCAAGUUUGGUAGUUUUUCUUUUUUUAAUACUUUUGAAUAUUUGCAUCAUUUCAUAUUUAUUCUUAUGAUAGACCCACCAACUGUUGCUUAUAUAUAAAGUAGAAUUACUGCUACUGAGACCAACUCCUAGCAAAGUUGUGGCUUAAUCUUUUUAUAGUACUUUUGCCUCCCCUAUACGGUUAUGCUGCAGCCCAUAAUCAUAUUAUCUUCUAGCCAAUAAAAAGUAAGAAACUAGUGUGAAUUCCCUGUACUAGAUAAAUCCGGUCUUGGUUCCAUAGCAGUUUUUAUUUCUAUGCGAUUCACUAUGCCUGUCCGGUGUCGGAGAAGGUUGAGGAGAUGACUGAAGGGCUAACACCAGUUACAUAUACAGAUCUGGACCUGCAUUGAGAUAAAUGGGAAGCUGGCUUAUUAUGUUUAGCUGUGAGUUUGCUGACAAAUUCCUCCUAUAUUGACUUAAGGCAUAUGAAGUUGUUUUCUCUGCCUGUAAUUGUGUAAUUGUCACCACGUGCUUGUGUAAUUGUCACCACAGGUUGCUGUAUCCACUAGUAUUGGAACUUGAGAUGCAUCAGAAGUCUAUAUUCUAGGAAAAUAAACGUUAUAUAGAUUUACAGAAUGUGAGAGUCAAAAACCAGAACACAAGAAAGUCCUACAUUAGGCAGGAUGAAAAAUAGAAGGUUAGUAGACGUGUAUACAUAAAGAGGACCUGUCUGCUACACACUUAGGGCAACGAUUUUAUGGGCUGAACCAAUAAUUAUGAAAAUGUAGCUCAUCGGGAAUCCAGUGUUUUCUGAAUGAUAUUGAGGCUUCUUGAAUGUUAGUCUUUAAGAAUAAUAGUCAGGCUUCAUGAAUGUUAGUCUUCAGGAAUAAUUCUCAUGUUUCAUGAAUACUACUCAGGCUUUAUAAAUGUUAGUCGGGCUUCAUGAAUAUUAGUCAGUCUACAUGAAUAAUAGGCUUUAUGAAUAAUAGUCUUCAUGAAUAAUAGUCUUCAGGAAUAAUACUCAUGUUUCAUGAAUACUAAUCAGGCUUUAUGACUGUUAGUCGGGCUUCAUGACUAUUAAUCAGGCUUCAUGAAAAUUAGUCAGUCUUCAUGAAUAAUAGGCUACAGGAUUUAUGGUCGUGCUUCAUGAAUAUCCAUCAACUUUCAUAAAUAUACGUAUGGCUUUGUAAUAGGCUACAUGAAAAUGAGUCUUCAUGAAUAAUAGUCAGACCUCAUGAAUAUUAGUCAGUCUUCAUGAAUAAUAGACUUCAUGAAUAAUAGUCAGCCUUCACGAAUGGUCAGGCUUCAUGAAUAUGUCCGUUUUCAUGUAUAAGAGUCAGGCUUAAUGAAUACUAGUCAGUCCUCAUGAAUAUUACUCAGUCUUCAUGAAUAUUAGUCAUAAGAUCUUCAGUGAUGUCACUAGUUCCAGAUUACUGUUAGGCUUAGCUCCCAUGGCCAUUGGAUCAGCACAUACAAUCGCUGCCUCCACUCUGUUUAGCUGGGAAGGUGAAGUGGUACUGGAUGGAAAGUGAAUACAUUUGAGUGUUAUACACCAGCAGUAGGUGGAUGAAAUGCAGGAUGCUGUUAGUCUAAUAGGCGUUUGUGAUCAUAUUAACCUGGGUAUUGAUCUAAUGGCCCCCAACGACCGGCAAUGUGUUGUUUGCCGGUUUUGCUCUUAAGGGGUUAUCAGAAUAAUGAAUAUAUUUACAGUUGGUUAAAGCAGCAUGUUCCAUUCCCUUGGUCCAAUUAAUAUAGUUGUUUCAUUUUACAUUAUUUUCUACCAUAAACGCUCCUUUCACUCUGUUAAGACUGUCCUCAGAGCGGACUCUCCUCUUGACGUACAAUAAAAAUAUUUGUGCUUGUCAACAA